GUUGAAUCUUUAGAAAGUGCCUGCGAUAUUAUGAAGAAUAUAUUAAGUGAUAAUCAUGCUGACAUUCCUUAUGCGUUAAUUUAUUUUGUCGAAAAUAAAUUAAAUUAUGAUGGUUCAGAAUCCUUGAUUGCUCGUCUGAUUACUACAACCUUUGAUGAAGAUGGUAAAAAGGAAAGACAUUUUCCCGAUUAUUUUCCUGAAACCCACGAAAUAAUUGAUUUAACCAAUGAUUUUGAUAUUGGCUAUGAUAAUUAUAUAAAUCUAAAACGA